AUGACUGUGGCAGAGCUGAGAGCUGAAUGUUUAGCACGAGCAUUGAAUGAUGAAGGAUUAAAGAAAGAUCUGCAGCAAAAUCUAAAGGAACAGCUUAAGGGUGUACAGAGAGUGCAGCAUAGCUGAUCAAUGAGCAGGAUAAGAGCACGGAAGAGAUCGACUUACGUACAGAAUCUUUAACAAAUGAUAUUUUUUCAAUACUUGCAGUUCAUUUAUAUGUAAUAAAAAGGCUUAACAGAAGUAACAAUUUGACGUUAAUGUGGUACACAGGCAUGCAUUUAUUUAAAUAAAGCCAAAUAUAUUAACUUAAUACAAAAUUUCCAUCAUGCGUAAGCGCAUACAAUUGAAUCACUUUGUAAGCAAACCCUACAAUGUACAUGUACAUCUAAUACAAAACAUAAACACUCAUCUGAAUUGAAAAUAUGCCAGUCUUUUAUUUGCUUUUCUUAUUGCUGUUUUUUUACGCAUGUAUGAAGUCCUGCCUACAGAGCCAUUGCACUAUAUCAAAGAACACAUUUCCAAUGUUGUCACUGAAAUUGUUGCUCACCUUUCUGAUGAAGAGAAGGCAUUAUGUGAAAAAGCAGUUGAGGUAGUGGCAUGAACAAAAGACCAACUUCGUGGUUCAGACUACCGAGAGAUGUCUAUAGUGCUUGCCAAACAACUAAAAGGUAACAUUUAAGGAUCUGACAUUUUUUUUACAAAAAGGCAAUAUAUUAUCAUACUGUUGUUGCAGCUGAUCUCACACCGCUAUGAAACAUGCUUUUAGCCAGAUUUAGAUGUGAGAAAAACACUUAGAGUACCCAAGAACUUAAGUUUUGCAUGAAACGUAAGGUUAAUUUACAAUGUGCAUGUGCAGUUUAAUAGACUGAUGUAAUAGAUUUAAAUAAAUUUCAAAAUUUUGUGAAUCUGCAGGGCCAUCCAAUAGGGCCAUUUCUCACUGAAAGAAUGACACUAACCUGUGGCUACUUAAUCCUAAUUCCCAAGCCACAUUUAAAAGUUAAAGGCAUCUCUGAUUGGUCUUAGUCUGCAUAAAUAAGGUAGCCAUAUAAAAAAAUCAGGUACUUAAAAUGAGCAUGGCAUGGCAAUCUGUUGACGUUGAUUGUCCACUUGUAACUGUAUGUAUUGUUUUAACUGUUUAAUGUGGAAGAUUUGUGAGUGAUAAAGCGCAGACCCUUCUGGAUACCUUGACAGAAUUAUCCGGGAUUCUUUAUGCAAGACCAGAGGAGCGCUGCACAAGAGGCAUCCUAAGAGUUCACAAUCAGACCUUUCUCCAUGCCAUUGUGUGCGAAGAAGUCAUUGGAAAGCCUCAGAUCCUCUCAGAGAAAACGUUUUAUUGGUGA